ACUCCACAGUCCAGCCUUGAGCUACACAUAUUCUCUUCUGUUGGUACAGUAACUCGCACUUGAAGAAAGCCUAUCUCUGUAAGGCACGUCCCAGUCUAUUUGUGCUUCAGAACAACUAGGCAGGGGGGCCGUUUUAAUCAGCAAGGCCGCCAGCGUGGGAGAAGAUGUGUGUGGAGUGGGGGAUCAAAACUUUUGCCACUCUGUGGAUGUCCGCAAAUAACCAGGAACACGUUGUAAGUAUUGAUUUGGGGGUUGCAGUGUAUAUGUCAGCAAAUCAGCGAAUUAGCUAAUACCAAACCCACAAUUAAUGAAGAAUGCCUGUAUCUGUUUCAGAUUCCUUCUCUGCCAGGAUCCCAAAGCAAUUGUAGAAACAUGGCCGCGUAGAUGAAAUGAAUGAACUCUGCAUGCAGAACUUAGUUCCGGGGAGAAAGCCAGCAACUUUCAGAGCUUUCCUCGUUACGUUAAGCUUCAGCUAAAAGUUUUAUAAAAUUAUCUUACCUGGAAACAAUUUGUUAUGUCCCAUAGGGAAGCAUUUACAAGCUUGGAAAGGAAUCCCCUUUCUUUCCAACGCUGAAUAGGAAACUGGACUCGAGGACCACCCUUACACCUUUUGCCUAGCCAGACUUGUCCUGAGCUGAAUUUCCUCUUUCAUUGUGUAGUACCUAAAAAGCAUAAACUUUGCCUUUUAAUAAAGUCAAACUUAGCAUGCAGAUUUUCAGUAAAGAACAUGAUUAAGUGUCACGUGUGAAAUGGAAAGUUUUAGGGACUUUUGGUCGGCAUAAGUUUUGCUUCUUCAGGCACAUGUGAUUUCCUGUUGGAUGUAAUGAAAGUUAUGUACCUUAUAAAGAAUAUAGUUUAAUCAAUAGCUAAUAGAAAUACAGCAGAAUAAAAUAUAUUAUUAUGUAUCCUUAAGGAACCUUUUAGGGUCUUUUCUGUUUAUCACUAUAGCACAGUAUUUCUGUAAGAAGUGUGGACUUCAACUCCCAGAGUUCCUGGCCAGGGAUUCUGGGAGUUGGUCCACACAUCUUAAAGCUGCCAAGGUUGAGAAACACUGCUGGAACAUAGUGAUAUAUGGAUGUAAGUUAAGGGCAACCCAUUAAAUUGCAACAGAAGAGCUAAUGUAUAAUGUAUCACACAUUAUCCACUGAACGUAGCUAUUGGCAUCUGCUCCUGUGGGACAGAUCCACAGCCAUUAUUCCUUCAAUAAACAAACCUUCUCUUUUCAUGUUGGUGUCUUCAUUUUUAGGUAACAGAAUAUUUUCCAUAACAAUUUGGUGUCAGAAGUGGCGUUGGAAGUGGUAGCUGGCAAUUCAUGGACCCCCGACUGAGCCCUCCGAAGACAAGGGUCCGGAAAAGAAGGAAGAAAGCUGUUUGGAAGGCGAAGAGGAAGUGCCCCCAAGCAGCUGCUCCCGACCCAGAUCUCUACCACUGUGACGUCUGUGGGAAGGACAUCAAGUACCAGUCGAAUUUCCGGGAACACCAGCGCAUCCACACGGGAGAGCGCCCUUACCAGUGCAAGCGCUGUGAGAAGACCUUCACCCGCUGCGCCGACCUUAUUAAGCACCGCUUGGUGCAUUCAGCCCUACGGCCCUUCCGCUGCCGGAUCUGCGGGAAGCGGUUCAAGCUCCAGGCUGACCUGGACAAGCACGGCAAGGUACAUUCGGACGAGGCUCCCUUUGCCUGCCAUUUGUGCCCCAAGCAUUUCAAGCGCACCUCCUGCCUGGUUAAGCACCUGCGCAUCCACACCCAGGAGAAGCCCUUCGCCUGCUCGCAUUGCAGCCGGCGCUUCAAGUGGGAGGCCUCGGUCAAGGAGCAUGAGCGGGUCCACACAGGCGAGCGUCCUCACCGCUGCGACCAGUGUCCCAAAACGUUCACCCAUCGUUCCACCUUCCUGCAGCACCAGCGCACCCACCAGAAGCACCCUGCCUUUAGCUGCAAGCACUGUACCAAGUCAUUCAAUCACAAGUCGAACCUGCUGAAGCAUGUGCGCACUUUACACUCUUAGGGCCAAAGGGUGAGUGAGCAGGAGAUCCUUCAAUGACCCCCCUCCCUUUUCGGGGUGCCAAAAGACUGCAAGACGUGUGACGGCGUUCUUCCCUUUGAGAAAAGCUCAAAUGGGGCUUCCGAGGGAAGAUGGUGGACUGAAGACAGCUCGGCUGACGAGCAGAGCCGGCGUUUGCAGCGUUUUGCAAGGAGGCUGGAGCAGAUUGGGUCCCUCUGAUCCUGUCUGAGUCAAAGAGAGAGACGUGAGAUCACCCAAGCUGUUUCUCCUUACGGUUGUGCCUUUUCCUCACAAAGAGACCGCAAGACAGCAGGAGAUGGGAGAAUUUGCCACAUUUGCUGCAGGUGCAAACAGAGCCCUUCAGAGGACAUUUAAGCUCAUGCACUUCCCUUGCUAACUAUUUCCGGAAAUUGCCUAUUAACGGAUUUAACACCUUCGGAAUGACAAGAUUGGGAACACCAGGUGAGGAAGUGCUAAUCUUUAAGAACUUAAACAGCAAAAAGUAAGACAAGGUUUUGGCUACAGAAAGUUUUAAGGGCUCAGAAAAUGUUGGAAUUUUAGACUUUGAAUAUUAAGAUUUUGAAACUAUUUUUUUUAAAUAAAAGUAUGCUUGUGAAAAAGAGAAAUUGUUUUAUGAGAUUGGAGGUAUAAGACAAGCAAAUAAUGAUGGCGUUUACAGACAUCUUUGAAGAACUGCAUAGAGACCUGGGUUAUGAAGUGUCAACUACGUUGUGUCUUCUUGAGAACAGUUUGCUCCCAAAUGAAGGUAUUACAAAAUGAGAUAUGCAGCAAAAUUUACUUGAAGAAAAUAUAGAGACUUUGAAUAAGAAUCUGUCACCAGACACAGAGAGAAAACUGGAUGAGAUUCUAAAAAUCAAGAAGGAAAUUAAAAUGAUAAUCCCAGAAAACAAUUGGAAUAAUUUCCCUUUGUUGGAUUUACAAAAGAGACUGUUUAAAGUGCUAAAGAAAUUUGUAACAAGGAUCAACAAUAAUCUGAAUGGAUUAUAGAGAAAGACUGCCCUGUGUAGAAGAAAAAAAGAGUACAAAGUUGGUUUAUUUGAUCAGGGAUAAAAUGGGAUAUAUUGUUAUUCUGGGUGGUUCUUUCUGGAUUUAUUGAUAUAUUAAUUAGAAAAUAUAGUGUACUGGAUUUGCCUACAUUGAAUAUGAUGUAAAAGCUUUUUAUCCUAUAGUUAUUCUAUGUAAUCCUAAUUUUAUAGUACUUAAAUUGGCUUUACAU